GUCAAACUCAAAUCAUGGUAUCAAUUCAACAUUUCAUCAAAAUCAUCCAAACAAGAAAUAAUUAAACAUUUCCCUCAAUUAUGGUGCCUUUGUAAAAAUAUGGUAAUAAACAAUAAACAUGGAAUGUGAAUCGACUGAAUUUAGCUUGCCUCCGGCCCCUCGAGGUUUGUGUUUUGAUCGAAAUGAUUUCGUGAAGACAAAUUUUUCUGUAGAUAACUUCUUAGCAGAGCAUCAGGAUGUGGCUUCACUGGAAACUAUGAGGGAUGACCUAGGCAUGUAUUUAAAAGUUCUCCGAUUGGCUAUGAUAGAGUUAAUAAAUAAGGACUAUGCCAAUUUUGUUAAUUUAUGUGCAACAUUAAUUGGCUUUGACAAAGCUAUAGCUAAAGUUCACGUGCCAUUAGAACAAUUAAACAAGGAUGUUCUUAAUGUAAAACAAAGUCUAGAGGAUGCUAUGAAAGAAACUUCCAUGUGGAUGAGUCAGCGGCACAACUUACAAAGUAAAAAGCAGUUACUGAAAUAUUAUAGCCAAACAAUAAACAGUCUUAACACAUUAGAUAAUGUUUUACAAAAUAUUACUGAACAGAAAAUGUAUGAUAAAAUUGUACUAGCCGAUAGAGCUGCUAUGCAGUAUAAUCAGUUAAAGUUUACCAUAAAAAAAUGUGACAAUUUAGUAAAACUUGAACACAAAACGCAAUUUACUUAUAUUGAAGAAACACUCGUAAGGACCUUAAAUGAAUUGCUAUUCCAAUUCUGGAAUGAUGGAGAUGAAGAAAAUCUAACAAAAGCAUUAUUAACAUUAGCAACUCUAGACCGGGUCGGUGAUGUCGAGAAAUUAUUAAGAAAACAGGCAGUAGCUCCAUUACUACAGGACAUUAUCAACGAAUCAGCUUUGCAGAGAAACAAAGAUGGCUUGUCAGGGAUAUAUGAUCUGGUCUUAGCACUUUUGGAUACGAAAUUUAAAUUGCUACUCAGUAUUACACAACAUUCCAAACUGGCAUUUCUUGAUAAGAAAUAUAGGUUCCUCGUUAAUUCUUUUUGGUGUGAAGUCGAGAAUAGAAUUGAAAUUAAUUUAUCAUCAAUAUUUGCACCUGGCAAUCCUCAAACUUUUUUCAAAAGAUAUAAUGAAAGUAUGGAAUUUAUAAACAAAUUUGAACAAUAUUGCCUUGCCGAAAAUACAGUGAAACUAUUUCGCGAAACUAUAGAAUAUAAGAGUUUCAAGAGAAGAUGGAAUCUCCCAGUUUACUUCCAGAUAAGAUUUCAAGAAAUUGCUGGUAGCUAUGAGGGUUCACUACAUAAUGAUCCCUUUAUUGAAUCCAGUGAUGGUUUCAUUUUGAAGCAGACAUAUAAAUGUUGGUUAGCAUUACAAGACUGUUGGUCUGAUGGUAUUUACAUAAAAGCACUGGGACAUAAAUUCUGGAAACUCUCAUUACAGUUGAUAUCGAGAUACGCUUCGUGGGCUAGCUCUUAUUGUUCUCAGAAAGCAUCAUUACGAAAAGCAGAAACAUUAAAUGUAAAUAAAAAAUUGAUAAACAACAGCAUAAACAUUUAUGUUGACAUCCACAACCUGGUGGAACGCCUGCCGUUGUUGCUGCAAUUGGUCGAGUCGAAAUUAGAGAUUGAAAAUAACGAAUUACUUAGAAAGAGUUUGCAGUCUUCCAAGGAGUCUUUGAGAGCAGUUCACAAGAGAAUCAAAGAAUUUAUUAUAAAUGAAUUGUAUGAUAAUUUUAAUGUACAGUUAAAACAAGUAAGCGAUAUACCGAGGUUGUACAGAAAAACUAACAGAAGUGUACCUUCCAAACCAUGUGCGUACAUAGACACCGUGUCCAAUGCCUUGAGAGAAUUUAAUGAAGACGCCUCUAAGAGAUUGGAUCAGUCGUUUUUGUCCGAAUUAUACGAAGAUUUAUUUAGUGUUUUGACCGUUUCGUAUCACAGGAAUGUGGAAGACGUUUUAACAUCUGUUCAGAAAACUGAGGACUCACUGAGAAGACUGAAACAAAUCCGGGAAGUGGCGUCACAGCAAAACCCCGAGAUCGGUAUCACAGAUGGCGAUAAAAUUCGCCUUCAACUAAAAGUAGAUGUCAUUUCUUAUGGGAAAAUAGCAGAAUCGUUAAAACUCGAUGUACAUAGUGUUCAGAAAUACACAGAUUUAUCCAAUAUGGUUACAGAUGCUGUAAAAAAUAUAGAAAUUAAAUGAUAUGUCCAGUUAUACAA